UGUUCGUGAAUUUAACCAACAUUAGUCGUCUUGGGGUCGGAGUAUAAACACCGUAAAGGGUAAACAGUCUUCAGCCGAUAAUAGCAGUAGACCAUGGCAGACCAUAAAACAGAUGAUCAUCCAGAUGGGAAUUAUCCUUGUGGGAUGAUGCCAGACAAUACUUUCCAGACUGAUGUGCUACCUUUGUUGUGUGAGAAUCCCUUGCCAGUUAUUAAUUGGCUUAAACAACAUGGACUUCUAAAACAUGAAAUGCAUUGUCAAAGUUGCCAUAAUCGGAUGAACUGGACAAAACAUUCUAGAAGUAAAGAUGGCUUUGCAUGGAAAUGCCAGACCAGAUACUGUAAGAAGUACAAAUUCACAGCUACCAUAAGAACUGGAUCUUUUUUUUCUAAAUCCCAUGUGACACUUCAGAAAUGGGUGCAUGCAAUAUAUCUGUGGAGUGAACGCGUCGGUGAAAGAACAGCAACCCGUCAUGUGAAUAUUUCUGAGAAAACAAUGAUUGAUUGCUAUAGUUUUUUUCGGGAAGUGUGCUCAAAGCAUUUUCAAGCAAAUCCAAUUCAACUCGGCGGUCUUGGGAUUAUUGUGGAAAUAGAGGAAUCUUGCUUUACUCAAAAACCAAAGCAUCAUCGUGGACAAGCACCACACACUCCUGUACCUCCUAUAUCUCCUGUAUGGGUCUUCAGUAUCACUGACACAAGCACCAAACCGACCACAGGGUACAUGGAAGUAGUCCAGUCAAGAGAUGCUGCUACUCUUCUUCCCAUUAUACAAGCAGUGAUUCAGCCAGGAUCCAUUAUUUACUGUGAUGAGUGGAGGGCAUACUGUAAUCUCCAAGAUCUCAGUGGUGACACAAACAAACCUGUUAACUCUUCAAUCAACUUUGUGGAUCCACAUUGUGGUGCUCACACUCGAACAGUUGAGUCAUAUUGGAAUAGGCAUAAAAGUCACAUCAAGACGAUGCGUGGCUGCAAAAGAGACUUUAUGAAUUCUUACUUAACAGAAUUUAUGUGGCACGAUCGUUAUUCUGAUAAUGCUUUUGAAAAUUUUUGUAAGCAUAUUGCUUUACAGUAUCCAAUGUAAUAGUGUUAUAUGAACUUAAUGUGCAUACUUUUGUAUUUUUGUAACAUUACUUUAAUGACUUAUUGUACAGUACAUGAUUAUUACAAUAUCCAAUGAAAUGUACUUUAUUGUACUGUAAUAUUUAAUGUAAAUAUUUAAUAAAAUUAUUGUGCAUUC